AUGGAGUUCCAGACCCUCUCCGAUUUCGUCCUCCUGCAGCCCUCGGUGAGGCAGGCGAAGGAGGGGGGAGGGGUGUCGUCAGAAAAUGGCAUCGCGGUGGACAGCGAGGCAGCGGAUUUUGAAGCCAACCGAUUUCCUCUUACGCGCAGCGCGAUAUUCUCUACGGGCGCCCUUGGGCUGAUCGAAAAGCGGCGUGUCAUGAAGUUUCUCAAAGAUGUGGCGCCGCCGCUCGCCGAGCAGCUCCACGCUCAGGGUGCGAGUCCCGCCGACGACGUGCGCAUGCAACAGGCUGCCGCCAUGGAGGCCGCACGUAAAGCAACCGAGCAGUUCGCAAAGGAAGCGGCGAGCCACCCGGGAAUCACCCUUAGCGCCCUUUUGGAGAAAAAGUACGGGCUGAGCCCGAAGGCCCUCGAAAUCGUGACGCUGAUGGGGGAGAUCGAUCUCGACAACAAUACACCCGCUGAUCACGAUAAAACAGCCUCUGCCCUUCUGCGGUCCGUGGAGUUAUUCCGUCAGUUCGUCACCUCUAUCGGGCUCUAUGGUGGAUCUACACCGUUUCUUCAGCCGAUGUUCGGCGCCAGCGAGAUGGUGCAGAAUUUUUGCCGAACCUCUGCAGUGUGGGGCGGCGUCUUUGUUUUGCACCGCAGCCUCCGCAACAUCGGCGUGAACCAUGAAAAGGAGCGACAGUAUGCCGUUCUCAGUAACGGUCAGUGGGUUUCCGCCAAGAUCAUUGUGGCGCCACGGGAGCUCUUACCAGCUGAUCCGGAGGGCGCCCUACCCGUCUUUCAUCAAAAUGAUUGGCAAGCAGUGAUGUGCCGUGCGCGGGAAGCCGUGGCGGCGGUACCUGACGGCGGACCUUGUUACUCCGAAAAAGUAAAAUCGGCACAGAAAGAUAUUCGAUGGAGUCGCCUAGUAGUAGUCCUUCGGCGACCGUUUCUGACGUGGGACCAUCUCGAGGAGCCGUCAAUUGGUACCGAUAGAGGUAAGGAGAGUGGAGUCCCACCCUCUGUGGUGGCGCUGAUGCGCGCUCCAAUCCGAAGAUCACAUGGAAGUGACGACAAGACGAUGUCAGCGCCCGGGGCGGUGGUUCAGUUAACACAACAUAGCCAUAUGAGCGAUCAGACUCCGUCGGGCGACGCGGUCAUCCUGCACUUCACCGCCGACGCGGCGGCGUUAUCCCAAUCUGAAUUACAGGAAUUUGUGAUGAAAAACUUUUAUUUAAAGCGCACGGGUAGUGACGAUAACGAUGUGGACGCUGGAAACGAAACUCGCUCGGAGUCGCUGCCGCAGUUGCGCUUUGAGGAUGACGAUAUCGUGUUCUCCAUAUGCUUCACCCUCAGCGCGGUGCACACGGCGUUGGAUGGACUUCAGGUGCCCGAGUUACACGCAGCGGUUGACAAGCCCAGUGAGACGCGCCACGCGCAUCCUUACGCGGUUGAGGAACGUUUAAAGCUACAGUCCGCAACCGAGAAAGAUCGCAAGGGCCUUUUGCGCGAGGUCGAGGCCUCAGAACAGCCACUGGAAGAGGCUAUGCCAGUAGACGGAAACGCUACCGCCUGCGAGCACGUGCGCGUUGUGUCGGUACCGACUCUUCUUCCAGGGCUCCUGAAUGAUAGCCAGUACAUGGAAGAGGCAAUGGAAGCCUAUCAGCAGGUAAUGAGUCUGCUUCAAGAGAUCGAAGGUGAUACACAGACAAAGGACUACAUGUUUAUGGAAGAACUUCCUGACAUUCCAACUUUUUGA